AAACCCCCCUAAAGUCUCUCUCUCUUAACUCUCAAGUGUCAGCACUGCCGCCCUCCCCUCCCCUCUCCUCCCCCUUCGUCCUCUCCCCCUCGCCUCUGGUACAGCCGCGCGCCUCCAUCCGAUCGUUCCUCUUCUCUUCACGCUGUAAACGUCGUUGCUGCGUCCACUGGUCCUGGUUGCUUCUUUGCUCUCUUCCGCCGCUUCCUCUGGUCCUCGUCGCUGCAUCCGCUGGUCCAGUCCUGCCUUCCGGUGUUGCUCCUCGCCGCGUCCUCUGUCACUGCAGCUUUCGCCACUCCAAUCAACCAAAAUGGGAGAGAAGAAGAAGAAUACGACCGAAAGUGGCCAUGAAGGAUCUGAUACCAAAAACAGCCCUAAUACUGUGUUCGUAUCUAACUUGCCUCGCUUAUUCACCAACUCUCAGCUUGAAGAAACUUUCAGUGACAUAGGACCAAUCAGGCGUUGUUUUGUGGUUACCCAGAAGGGGUCAACUGAACACCGUGGUUUUGGUUUUGUUCAAUUUGCUAUUAAAGAAGAUGCUAACCGUGCAAUUAAGUUAAAAAAUGGUUCACCUGUUGGAGGGCAGAAAAUUGUCGUUAAACAAGCUAAAAGUCGCUCUCCCUUAGAGCAGCGUCAAACAAAGGCAGCUCAAGUGGAUGACUCUGAUGGUGCUGCAAAAACCAAUAAUGAUGCCAUUUCUAGUGUGGAUAAGGAUGCGUUAAACUUACCAGAAUCAGGGAAGCGUCAGAAACCAAGACAAGCAGUGAAACUUGUCAAUGAAUUAGCUGACAAAGAGAGCUGUUCUGAAAAGCAGAGGGUUGCUAGGACUGUAAUAUUUGGGAGUCUUCUGAAUGAUGCUAUGGCUGAAGAGGUUCAUCGUUGUGCCAAAGAGGUUGGCAGUGUAUGCUCUGUAACUUAUCCUCUUCCUGAGGAAGAGCUUCAGCAACAUGGUCUUGCUCAAGAUGGAUGCAGAUUGAGUGCAUCAGCUGUACUUUAUACAAGUGUCAAAGAAGCACGGUCUGCUGUGGCCAUGAUACACCAAAAACAAAUUAAGGGAGGAAUUGUAUGGGCACGCCAGCUAGGUGGAGAGGGUUCCAGGACUCAGAAAUGGAAAAUUAUUGUCAGAAAUCUUCCAUUCAAGGCCAAAGCAAAUGAACUAAAGGAUGUGUUUUCAGCAGCAGGUUUUGUCUGGGAUGUAUUUAUUCCUCAUAAUUCUGAAACAGGGCUAUCCAAGGGUUUUGCAUUUGUCAAAUUCACAUGUAAACAGGAUGCAGAAAAUGCCAUUAAAAAGUUCAACGCACAAAUGUAUGGUAAAAGGCCCAUGGCAGUUGACUGGGCUGUCCCAAAGAAAAUUUAUAGUAGUGGUGCCAAUGUGUCUCUUGCUACAGAAGAUGGACAACAGAAUGAAAAAGAAGGGAGCAGUGACAGUAGUAGUGAUGAUCUAGAGGAGGACAAUGAUGAUGACGAUGAUGAUAGAGGAGAUGUUGCUCCAGACAACUCAGAUUCAUUUGAGAAAGAACACAUGCCGGCCGAAGUUGAUUUUGAUGCGGAGGCAGACAUUGCAAAAAAAGUUCUAAAGAAUUUGAUCUCAUCUUCAUCCAAAGGUACCAUUCCUUCGGAUGUGAAUGAUUCCACAUUGCCAAAAGGAAAGAAGAAGCCAAAUUCAGAUGAAAAUGUUGACGUGCCAAAUGAGAAGUCUAGUAAACAAGAUACUUCAUCUGGUAUUACACUACCUGAAAGCUCGGGCAAAAACAGUUCAUCUGAUAUUCAAAAGAGAGAAGGAGAGGACGAUUUACAAAGAACAGUUUUCAUAAGCAAUCUUCCAUUUGAUGUUGAUAAUGAAGAAGUGAAACAACGGUUCUCUGCAUUUGGGGAAGUGAAAUCCUUUGUCCCUGUCCUUCAUCAAGUCACCAAGCGACCAAGGGGUACUGGUUUUCUCAAAUUUAAAACAAAAGAUGCAGCCACUGCGGCAGUUUCUGCAGCUAAUGUUGCCUCUGGUUUGGGGAUUUUACUGAAAGGUAGGCAAUUGACAGUCUUGAAGGCCUUGGAUAGGAAAUCAGCCCAUGAUAAGGAAAUGGAGAAGGCAAAAAUUGAGGAUCAUGAUCACCGGAAUCUUUACCUGGCAAAGGAAGGUCUUAUUCUUGAGGGAACUCCAGCUUCCGAAGGCAUGUCAGCAAGUGAUAUGGCUAAGCGGAAAACGCUGCAUGAAAAAAAGAUGACUAAGCUUCGAUCUCCAAAUUUUCAUGUUUCAAGGACCAGGCUUGUUAUAUACAACUUACCCCAGUCAAUGACUGAGAAAAAGCUGAAAAAGCUUUGUAUUGAUGCAGUUAUCUCCCGUGCUACAAAGCAAAAGCCCAUGAUUCGACAGAUAAAGCUCUUGAAAAGCAUGAAGAAGGGAAAGGUCGUUCUGAAGACCAAUUCUCGUGGGGUUGCCUUUGUUGAAUUUACAGAGCAUCAACAUGCACUUGUGGCUCUGAGGGUUCUCAAUAAUAAUCCUGAAACUUUUGGUCCUGAACAUCGUCCAAUUGUGGAGUUUGCACUCGAUAAUGUUCAAAAAUUGAAGCUCCGGAAUGCUAAGCUACAAGCUCAGCAACAGGAAAGUCGUGAUGAUUUGAAAGAUGUACAAGAAGAUGAUGUGUCGCAUGAACUGUAUGACAUUCCAAGGAGAAAGGAGAAUUCCAGAAAGCGAAAAUCCCAGGUUGAGAAUAUAGAAGCAAAUGACUCAGAACUAGAUAAAAAUGAAGAGGAAAAUAUGGUUUCUGAGGAAGCUUCCCCCAAAAAUCAAAGAAAUGACAAGAAGCGCAAGAGCAAUGGAGGAAGCAGAAAAAAGGGAACUCCUGCACAAGGUGAAUUCAAUAGCACAAAACAGAAGGUGAAAGGAUCUGUUCAGGAGCAAACUGAUCACCGAGUAAGGAAACCUGAUAACAGAAGUGCAGUCAAAGGUGAAAUGGCAGCUAGAAAUACUGAUGAAUCCAAACCUUCGAAGGAAGCAGAUUUGAAGCUAAAAAAGAGGAAGCUGUCAAGCAAAGCAGCACUAGAAGAUGGAGAAAAAGGUUCAAAGAAAAGGUCAAAAAAGAACAAAGAUCCCUUAGGGCGGGACAUAGUAGACAAACUUGACAUGCUUAUAGAAGAAUACAAGUCCAAGUUCUCAAAGCAGAGUUCUCAGAAACCUGGAGGUGAAAAGCAAGCUAAUAAACCACUCAAGAGAUGGUUUCAAUCGUAGUGAAAUGUGAAGUUUUGUAGCGUUUCAUUGGUGGACUCCCGUCAUGAGUGGGAUUUGAAAUUUUGUGACGUUAAAUUCAACAAUUUUGGGAACUUAGAAAGUCACAUUUGUACUAUAGGCAUCUGUCCAAUUAUGAUAUUACUAUCAUUAUUGAGGAUGUAGAUGGGUGGAUCAUGGUUGGUUGAAGCAUUGACGCCAAGAGCAUGGAGAGUUGGCAUAGCAAUAGUUUGAAGCCUUUAUGACAUGACGUGACGUUCCUUCACAGUUGAUGUGGAUUUCUGCCUGAUACAUCUAUUUUGCUUGUUAAAUUGGUAACUGAUUCGAUUGACAUGAUAAAUGCCUCAUAAAUACGAAAUUAUCUAUGGGAAUAUAAUUUAAUGUAAGAUAUUACCAUACCCUUGAUUAUAAAUUAUUAAUCUAAGGGCGUGUAAGAGUGGAUAUUGAUGUGAUUUUUCGUUUGAGGGUAUGCCAAUUCUAUGUAAUGUGGGUGAAGAUGAAGCCACUUUUAUAUGACGUGACCAUUUACACCUUUA